UUUUGUUAGCUUUGCUUGCAGUACCUCUUGUUUUCCUUUCUUUCAACUUUUUUACCAGAUGAUGCUGACAAGGAAGCAGUCCAGUUAGCUUUAGAAUAUGUUAGUAGAAUAGAACAAAGUCCCUGUACUGGUGGUACCGAGGAGACGCUAGACCUCAUCUUUAACCAUACAGUUUGGGAAGCCUUCGUCAUUCCUGCAAUUCUUACGUCAAACUUCCUAACAUCAAAUUUACUUGCAAAUAAUGGUUCACUCGAUUCACUGACCGAUGAAAUGUUCUUCUCUUUAGUAAAAAGUAAUGUAAUUGGUCAAACAGCUGUAUUCGGUUCUGGAAUAGCAAUAGAGCCAGGGAUAUAUUCUAAAUAUUCUUCGUUUGUUCCAUACGCUUUCCAUAAGAAUGGGACUGUCUUUGCCCAUGAUAUAGCUUUAUCAUAUACUUACCAAGACAACAACAAAACUGUGUGGUAUUAUCACUUGAAGAACAGGAACUGGGAAAACACAACAAGAACAGUAUCAAAAACAAAAUCCAGGUCAGGAAAUACAUCGUUACCAGAAAAAGAGACAGUUUUACUGACAGCCAAGAUAGAAGACGGUCAUUGGACCAAACCGUACUUUGACUGUGGAGGUGGGGAUAUUUGGAUGGUAACAUUUACAUCGCCUUUAUUUUCACUGGAUUUAACUGGAAACCCUAAGUUUCAAGGUAUAGCUUCCGUUGAUAUAGAGCUAACGUAUAUCGACAUCAAUCAGUGUGAUCCAGAUACCAGUAGUUAUAGUGCUCUGGACGUAUUCCGAGGAACACAUGCAUGUCCUGUGACAACUGAGUGUUUGUUUCUGAAAGGACGAGGUUUUAAAAGAGGUGCUUAUCAGUGUGUCUGCAGCAAAGGGUACUACUUUCCAAAUGUAAACGCUCAGGUUAAAGCUUUCAGUGGUUUAGAAGUGGAAAAUUCUUCAGAUACCUCUCGGUAUAAAUGUCUACCCUGUAAAGAGGGUUGUACGGAGUGUGUUGAUGAUUCACCAUGCCUUUACCAGUUCAUGUUUGUAUUCAGGUUCCCGGUCUUAUUGGUUACUCUCUUGACGUGUUUCUCCAUAGGAAUUCUGUCUGUCAUCACUAUUGUCUUCAAGAAUGAAUUGGCAAUAAAGACCGGAAGUCCGAUUUUCUUGUUGCUUAUGUGUGUAGGCGGAGCACUAGUAUGCAGUACGGGAUUAUUUGCCUAUCCAAAAGCCUCAAGAUUUCUCUGUAUAUCACAGAUCUGGGUGUAUCAUAUAGGUUUUAACUUGAUGUAUGGUGCUCUAGUAAUAAAGACAUGGAGAAUAGCUAUUAUCUUCCGACCAGCAAGCAAGUUACAAAGGGUACAUUUACCAGACAAAGAACUUUUAAAACGAUUUUUACCGCCGAUGUGUGUUGUAACUGUGUACGUCCUAGCCUGGACGAUAUCGGAGAAAGGCACGACAAAAACUUUGGAAACUUCAAAUAAACUAACAUAUUAUGUUUGUUUCAAAGGCUAUUGGCUUUAUGCUAUUCAGUGUGCUGAGGUAUGUCUUUUAUUAGCUGGUUGUUACGUGUGUUACCUGGUGAGGAAAGCACCUGGUCACUUCAACGAAAGUAGAUACAUCACAUGGGCAGUGUACAAUGGAAUAAUACUUGGUAGUUUUCUGUUGAUUCUAACACAUUUGAUUGGCCAUUCUUACGGACCAGAUUUGCUGUACCUAUUACAAGGGCUGAAGAUUCAAGCAUUCGUUACAACAACAUUGACGUUAAUUUUUAUUCCAAAGAUAUCAGCAUUAUACAGAAAGGAAGAUAUCAAGAAAACCAACGAUACUUUCAAAAUAACAAGCGAAAACAAAUAUCUAAGAACAACUGACUUUGAAGCUACUCCAACAAAGUCAGUUGGUACUCAAACAUAUGAAAAUGUUACAGUGAAUCCAAAGGAUAAACACUUUUGGACGUCUCUUUCCAAGUUAUCGUUAAGAGGCAAUAACAGAGUAGAACCAAUGGUUGACCAUUUGGCUCUUCCGACAAUAUGACCAAAACGAAAGUCAAAGAAUUUUAGUACAGUUCCGGAAAAUAAAAUAUACAGAUCCGUCCAGUACUGU